AACAGACAUGUGACACUAAACAGGAAGUAAAUAAACCGCCUUCCCGCGCAGUCAAAUCGGCUAAACGAGACGGCAGCUUUCACGGAUAAUCAAACAAAAAUGGACGAGCUUUAUUUGGAUAACAUUGACGAAUUCGUCAACGACCACGAUAAGAUUGUGACCUAUAAAUGGCUCAGUCUAACUCUCGGAGUUCAUGUCAACACAGCCAAACAAAUGCUCUACCAUUAUUUGGAUCACAAGAGGAAGGAAAGUUCAGCUCAGAUCCAUGCCACCUAUCUGGUGUCAGGAAAGUUUGUGGACAAUGGCCAAACGUGUCACAAGGUGUCAGUUGUCAAAGAGGACCAGUUGGAAGAUUUCAAAUCCAAGUUGAGCCUCCUAGUCAGUGUUCACGUCUACAGCGUCCAGAAAGCUUUACUGAAAGACAGCGGGCCUCUCUACAGCGUUGACUAUGAUGCUGUGAAAGACAAUCUAAAGAACUGCAGCAGAUACAGUGCGAUCCGCUGUGCCAGUGCUGUGCCCAUGUCUUCUAUGGAGCUGCAGCAGACGAGAGAAGUCCAGCGAGCUGUUACACCAGAGCCAGAAAUCAAAAAAUCUGGCAUGAAUGGAGGUUCAAAUCUGACUUCAAAACCUUCCACCAAGCCACAGAAAGGCAUCAUGGGAAUGUUUUCAAAUAAAUCGGCUCCUAAGAACCAGGACAGCGGGAAAGACGUGAAGUUGGAGCAGAAAGAGGAAGCACCUGUGGUUGAUGCACCUAAAAGCAAACCCGCCGCAAAGGCCAACCCUGUGAUGAACUUCUUUGGGAGUCAAGCAGCAAAGAAACAAGAGAAAACUGUGAAGCAGGAGGAAGCAGCUCAGUCAUCCUCAGCAGAGCUGCAACGUCAGAGUUCACAGCCUGAAGAAAAACAAUCUGCUGCUGCUGCUGCUGCAGUGGAGCCACCUAAAGACACCAAGAAAGACUCCAGGAGCAAAACUAAGCGGCUUGAGGAUUCUGACAGCGAGGAGGAGAAAAUGGAGAAGAAAAAGAGACGAAGGAUUAAGAAGCCUGAACCAGACAGCAGCGAUGAAGACGUCAUCCCAGAUUCUCCACAGCAGAUGGAAACUAGAGAACCGUCACCGAGUCCUGAGAAGAAGGUCGAGUCUGUUCCACAUUCACAUCAGGGAAACUCUGAGAUGAAGACGAGGAAGAGGAGACGAGUCCUGAAGUCUCGCACCUUUGUCGAUGAUGAAGGAUGCAUCGUGACAGAGAAAGGCUACGAGAGCGAAUCGUACUCUGAAGCAGAAGACGAAGUUCAGGCAACCAAACCAGCUCCAAAAGAUCCUUUCUCUGCAAAACUACACGCAAGUAGCAAACAGGAUGAGAAGAAGAGUCAGAAGAAAACGUCUGCAAAUGCAAAUAAAGGAACUAAACAAGCUUCAAUCAUGGGAUUUUUCCAGAAGAAAUGAUGGACGACAGAGUCGGACGCUUUUAUUGGCACUGAGGAACAACAAGCACUGCUGCAGACUUUCUGUAAUGAUCCUUUGCUUAAAAAAAAACAAAAAAAACAACCUGAAACACAAAUGGGGACUAUCAAGGAAUGGAAAAUCACUUCUCAAAAGGAUUUCAACUACAUAGACAUGUCCACAU